AUGGACAUCCUCGGGGCUCAAUAUCCCGAGCAAGAGAUUCAAUACUCCGAUCUUAGUUUUGGUUUUUACCACCUAGCAGGUGUGGCGGCAUUUCUCGCCUUGGGUGGGUUUCUCUUUGGCUAUGACAGCGGCAUCAUCUCGUCAACCAUCGCACAGCCGCGUUUCAUUCAGUACAUGGGCACACCUUCCUCUGCGGAACGUGGCGGGAUUGUUUCUUCCUUCACUGGAGGUGCCAUCCUCGGAGCACUCUCCAUCUCGUUCCUGGCCGAUCGAUUCGGUCGGAGGCUGACCGUUUUUAUCGGGUCUGUUAUUUCUGUCAUUGGAAGCGUUCUGCAAGGUGGUGCAGUAAACACUGCCAUGCUCAUCGCGGGCAGACUCAUUGCCGGCUUCUCCGUGGGCCUGCUGUCCGCUAUUGUCCCUUUGUUUUCGUCAGAGAUAGCUAUCUCCAAGGACCGUGGCAAGCUCUCGGGUCUUCUGCAGUUCAUGCUGUCGUGGGGGUUUUUCGUCGCGCAGUGGCUGGGAUAUGGAUGCUUCCAGGUCGACAGUAACUUCCAAUGGCGCUUCCCGCUUUCUUUCCAGACCGUCCCAGGCCUCAUUAUGGCAAUAGGCAUCUGGUUCCUGCCCGAGUCACCCCGCUGGCUGGUGGAAAAGGAACGGUUUGAAGAAGCCAAAGCGGUGCUGGACACACUGCAUGGAAAUGGUUCCAAUGAAGAUUUCCUUCAGGCAGAGUACCGCGAGAUUGUCGACACUAUAACGGCCGAGAAGCAGAUAGCUGUCCGAAGCUGGAGAGAAAUGUUCUCCCGGCCCUCCUGGCGUCGGAGAUUGACGUUGGGCAUGGGCAUACAAGCCUUUGGCCAGCUAUCCGGCAUUAAUGUUAUCAAUUACUAUGGUCCCCAAAUCUAUGAGAUUCUCGGCAUUGACACAAGCACUUCCCUCCAAAUCAUCGGCAUAUCGGGCAGUCUAUCCAUUGUCUACUGUGUCAUCGGGCUGUGGCUGCUUGAUCGAAUUGGUCGCAUCAAACCCCUCGUCAUCACGGCUGGGGGCAUGGCAGCGGCCCUUCUAGUUAACUCGGUGCUCUCCAAAUACUAUGUCCUGAUCGACAAUCCCUCGCCUAAUGAGAACGCUCUCCGAGCGAUGGUCGCCAUGAACUUUGUCUUCAGUCUCUUCUUCACCAUGAUCGGUGUCAUCUCGUGGGUGUACCCCGCCGAGAUUUUCCCCGCUGAGAUACGCGCACGCGGUAACUCACUCUCGACUGUCACUAACUGGAGCUUGAACCUGGUCUUUGCGCAGUGCGCACCAAUGGCGCUCGAAGACCUGGGAUUCAAGUUCUUUUACUUCUUCUUUGCCUGGAACUUGAUCGCCGCGGUGUGUUAUCUGCUCUUCUAUCCGGAGACUAAGGGCAAGACGCUGGAAGGGAUUGAUGAGCUGUUCGGUGACCAACCAGUUGUUAAAGACAUGGAAGACGGCGUGGUAGUGACGGUUGAAACGGUGGAGGAAUCAAGGCAUAAGGCGUGA